AUGUUUGUGAAGUAUUUCAGAGAAGCUAAAGAGAAUAGUGCUGAAUUGUUUAGAGAGGGGAAGUAUAUGGCUUCGAUACGUAAGGUGAUUGAAAUUGAAGGAGAUUGGAUCGAUGUUGAUGCGUAUGAUGUGUUCGAUUAUGAUCCUGAUUUGUAUAACAAGAUGGUUCGGUACCCUUUGGAAGUUCUCGCUAUCUUUGAUAUUGUGCUGAUGGAUAUUGUUUCCACGAUCAAUCGUUUGUUCAAGAAACAUGUCCAAGUGAGGAUUUUUAGCCUCAAGACUUCUACUUCCAUGAGAAAUCUCAAUCCAUCUGAUAUCGAGAAGAUGAUCUCUUUGAAAGGAAUGAUAAUUCGAAGGAAAAUAAGUGAGCCUCCUACUUGCUUGAAACAAGAGUGUCUUGCCAAGAACUCCAUGACACUAGUGCACAACCGUUGCAGGUUUGCUGAUAAGCAGAUUGUGAGGCUUCAAGAAACGCCUGAUGAGAUUCCUGAAGGAGGAACUCCUCACACAGUUAGCUUGUUGCUGCAUGAUAAGCUAGUUGAUAAUGGAAAGCCUGGUGAUAGAAUUGAGCAUAAGGAAAUGCAGUGUUUCAUGACUAGAUUUGCUAGCAGCAAGGCAAGCUAG